AUGCCGCUGAACCCUGUCACCUCCACCCCCUUCUCGGUCAAUGAUAUCCUGAGGCUGGAGCCAGAGCAGAUAGAUCCCGAAUUCUUGCAACUCCGGGAGGCACCGGGGAGCCCUGAAAGCUUUCAGUGCCAGCGACCGGUCCCAGAACCGCGAAAGUCAGAGGUUCGCAGCACCUGCAGCGCCCGCGGCGGAAACAGCGACAGAACCGACGAGUCGGGGUGUCCUGGUGGUCCCCCCGAGACGCUCGCAGAGAUGGACUCAGAACGCGUCGAGGAGCCACAGCCGGGCCUCAGCGCAGCCUCGCCCCUCCGCGGCGGGACCAGGGGGCCAGAGCUCGGCGUCGGCGACCCCGGCAGCGGCGCGCGCGGGACCGGCCCCGAGCAGCCCAAGGCGCGCCAGCGGCGGAAGCCCCGCGUGCUCUUCUCGCAGGCGCAGGUGCUGGCGCUGGAGCGGCGCUUCAAGCAGCAGCGGUACGUGUCGGCGCCCGAGCGCGAGCACCUGGCCAGCGCGCUGCAGCUCACACCCACGCAGGUCAAGAUCUGGUUCCAGAACCGGCGCUACAAGUGCAAGAGACAGCGCCAGGACAAGUCCCUAGAACUGGCGGGCCACCCCCCGGCGCCGCGCCGGGUGGCGGUGCCCGUGCUGGUGCGGGACGGCAAGCCCUGCCUGGGCCCCGGCGCGCCGGCUUUCUCGGGCCCCUACGGCGCCGCCGCGGCGCCCUAUUCCUGUUACGGCGGCUACGCGGGCGCCCCUUACGGCGCCGGCUACGGCGGCGGCUACGCGGGCGCGCCCCCGGGUCCUGCGACGCCCGCACCCCUGGCCAGCUCGGGUUUCGGCGGGGGUGGCCCCGGCGCCUGCCCGCAGAGCCACCUGCCCGCCGCGCUGCAGGGCGUCAGGGCCUGGUGA